AUGUCUCGCUCAACAUCGUCAUUGUUUGAGACAUGCGUGGGGCAGUUUUGUCAGCUAAUAUCAUCCGACCGAAUAACGGCAUAUGAAAAUGAGGUACCGAUAGUUCUCUGGCAAGAUGAGCUUGGUCGACUCCGGAUCUGGGCAAAGGAGGUCCAGUUGCCGUCUCUGGAGGUCCGAUUGCGUGAUGCUUUUCAUAUUCGCGAGCAGCUCUUGCGCAUCCUACAUCGACUACAACGAGCUCUUACCGAUAUGCGGGAUGCCUUAAACGAUACGGCUGAGGAGUCCAUGUCUGAUGCGGACACCGAUGAGGAGGAUGAUGUUGAUGGAACCGAAAUGCAAAUGAUUUAUCAUUCUCUACGCGACACUAUCAACUGCUUGUUCAAGAUAACCAUGGUCAUUCUCCAGCCUGUACAUCACCCAUUGGUAUCUGGGAAGGUAAUCGGACUUUCCGGAUAUGCUUCAUCUGCGGAGACUCAGUCCGCGAAGCGGAAGAUUGUUGGGAAUGAUAGCCUUGCCUCCAUCAGCCUCAACCCUAUGAUACCGGAGGAUGAAGCUCUCUUGCGCCGUCCUCAUCAACGUUCUUCUCCUGUUAUUGAUCCUGUCAGUUUUGAAGAAUGGGGCAUUUGUAUGCCGCAAUUUCCUGAAAGGUGGGGCGAUGAUGGCGAUACACUCUCCCUCUAUCAUGGCGGCAUUAGGCAUGUGCUGCAUUUUCCAUCAUCCUCCAUAGGGGAUGGUGUGCUAGACAUCAAGCAGUUGAAGCAACACGCGAUGGAAGCAAUACAAGCCACCAGCCAAGAUUGUAUAAAGCUCUUCCACAAGGGCCAGCUGUUGGAAGACGACUCGCUCUCUUGCCGAGAUGCAGGACUUAAAUCGCAGUCAACGAUCUACUGUGAAGUUCUCGGCGCAGAGGAGACUCAUGAUACAUGCGAUUCCCAAGGCAGACGCAGACAGCAUGAGGAGCCGCUUCAGUUCGGCGAAGGCAAGGCCCAGACUGGGUCCUCGAACGAAGGCAAAAGUAAAGACAGAACGGGAAAUGCUGGCCUUGACGAGUCUGCAUUAUCUUCCCCUUCGCAGGCACCCUCUCCACCGCAGGCUCCCGAUCUCGGCUCAUUCAAAACUGCGGCUGAGCAACUGUUGGCCUUAGAUUCGCACCUGCAGAAGGUGCUGGUACCAUUGUGUGACUCCUUCAUCAGAGAACCUCCGACUAACUUUGGAGCACGCGUCUCAAACUAUGUGAAACUUACGACAACGAUCGGAGAACAGGUGAUUUCUAAGGCAAACAGUAUUGAGACCUCUGAAGAUGAUGAAUCUCAGGAUCUCCGUCGGGCACUUCUCGAAGAAGCCUACAAAAUGCGCAGGAGUCUUAGGAAAGCUAUAGACGACUGA